CUUUCCUAUUCUUCUAUUUGAAGGGGAAAGUGAAGACUAGGAGAGAGAUGAUUGCAGGUGAAUUUUACAAACUGCACACACUGCUGAGAGAGGAGGAGCAGCUGCUUCUGCAGAGCCUGGAGGAGGAGGAGAAGGAGACUCUGCAGAGACUAAGGGAAAAUGUAACCAAACUCUCCCAGCAAAGCUCCUCUCUGCAGCAGCUGAUCACAGAGCUAGAGGAGAAGUGUCAGCAACCAGUUGUCGAGUUGCUAAAGGAUGUGAAAAGCACAUUAAGCAGGAGUGAGAAUGUGAAAAUCCAGGAACCAGAAGCUGUUUCUACUGAUCUGGAGAACGUGUAUAAAAAAUUUCUUGACAUGAAGGAAGUGCUGAAGAGAUUCGGAGUGGACGUGACUCUGGAUCCAGACACGGCAAAUCCCGAACUUGUCCUGUCUGAGGAUCGGAAACGUGUGAGACUCGGAGACACAUGCCAGGAUAUGCCCGGCAACCCUGAGAGAUUUGAUCCUUGUCCCUGUGUCCUGGGCGCUGAGGGAUUCGCGGGCGGGAGGUGUUACUGGGAGGUGGAGGUGGGAGACAAGACAGAGUGGGAACUGAGGGUUUGUAGGGAAUCUGUGAGCAGGAAGGGGUGGGUCACACUCACACCUGAGGAUGGAUUCUGGGUCGUGUGGCUGUCGGAUGGGGGAUACAAAGCCCUGACCUCCCCCCCGACCUCCCUCCUCGUGAGCAUCAGGCCCAGCCAGGUGUGGAUAUUCCUGGACUAUGAGGCGGGCGAGGUCUCGUUUUACAAUGUGACUGACAGGUCCCAUCUCUUCACUU